AUGGUGGUUCCUACGGCAGCCAGCGGCGGCGACCAGCAGAAGCCCUACGAAAUCCCCUUCUUCGAGCUCUGCGUGGGGGGCAACGACGUCGUUGAAGGCGGCAGGCGGUGGAGGGAGCUGUGCGACAAGGUGCGGGAGGCGUGCGAGACCCACGGCUGCUUCUGUUUCUCGACGGAGCGGAUCCCGUCGGGGCUGAGGCAAGGCAUGGUGGAAGGGCUCCGGCAGCUGUUCGAGCUGCCGGAGGACACCAAGAAGAGGCACGUCAACCCCAAACCCUACCGGAGCUACCUGGGGAAGAACGACGCCGUUCCUUACCUCGAGAGCUUCGGCAUCGACCAUGCUCCCAACCUUGAACAAGCUCGGGCUUUUACCACACUCAUGUGGCCCCAAGGCAACCCUUCCUUCUGUAACAAGGAUGACUCCACCGUCGCGGUGGCCGAUCAGCUGGUGGACGGAGACCACCCGCUCAUGUACCGACCUUUUACCUAUUCAGACUACCUGUCUUACUUCGUCCACAACUUGAGCGAUGACGCGCUCGAGGUUUACGCCGGAUUGUCUUCUCCGGUCGUCGGGAUCGCGCCCACCUAG